AUGUCUUUCGCCUCCCCGACCAAGCGCCGCGUCCCUCCUCAGCCCUACACCCCCGCCCAGGGCUGGCGGCGCACCAAUGGCGCCGCGCACCGCCAACUCCCGCCGGUUUCAUUCGACUACGCGGGCCAGCGCGCGGGCCAGGGUGUGUCAAUGCGCGACUUGCGCCUGAAGAGCACUGCGAUCCCGAUGCACGGCGCGGCCGACCUGGUUCUGGCGCCGAGUGGCCUGCAGCGGGUCGUAUUUCGCAUCAUCUGGCCGGGAUACGGACACGUCGAGUGGUGUCGGACGAUGCCCGUUGUGAGCCCGAGCGGCGCGCCGAUAACGCGCGUCGCACUUGCUGUCCAGAUUGCGACAAGCUUUGCGAGCUGGUUCGAGAAAACGCAAUACGAGCAGCCCACCUCCCCUGAAUGGAUGAUCUCUCCCGCCUGUGUGCAGUUCAAGCACAUGUACCUCGUUGCCCUCGUCAACACCUUCGAGGAUGUCUGGCAGGCCGAUGUUGCGCUGGAUGUUUGUUAG